AUGACAAACCUAGUUGAAUCUGUCCGGCAGUACAUCGCCGAAAUGAUGCGAAUCAGCGGACCUGGCAUGAAGGUUCUUCUCAUGGACAAGGAGACGACCAGCAUUAUUUCGUGCGUGUAUGCGCAGUCGGAAAUAAUGCAAAAAGAGACGUAUCUGUUUGAACGCAUCGAUUCGGGCAUUUUGCGAGAACCAAUUCGACACCUGAAGUGCAUCGCUUUCCUGCGGCCGACCUCAGAGAACGUCGCUCUGCUUGCGCAGGAAUUUCGUUCUCCACGUUACGGCCAAUAUUUUGUUUAUUUUUCGAACGUCAUUAGCAAAGCUGACGUAAAGAUUCUGGCUGAGGCAGAUGAACAGGAAGUCGUGAGGGAAAUGCAGGAGUUUUUUGCCGAUUUUGUCGCAUUGAGUCCUCAUCUUUUUACACUGAAUCUACCCAAUUGCUACCAUUACCUAUCUCUAUCCCCUGUUGCGUUAAAGACUUCAACUCAGUCUGUAGCAUCUGUUCUGCUUGCCUUGCGUAAAACAGCUUCAAUGCGAUACCAAGGCUCAUCGGAAGCAGCGAAACGGUUGGCCGAGAAUAUUCAGAGUCUUAUUAACAAAGAAUCCACACUGUUCAAAUUCAAGACGAAAAGCGACGACGGUACGCUUCUGCUUAUUUUGGAUCGGAGAGGCGAUCCUGUGACUCCGCUGUUAAACAAGUGGACUUAUGAGGCGAUGGUUCAUGAACUGAUCGGAAUAAAGAAUAACCGCGUUCACCUAGUGGCCAGUGGUGGAAGCGGUGACGCUGAUCGAGAAAUUAUUCUCAAUCCAUUACAGGAUCAUUUCUACAACAAGUGCAUGUACCUAAAUUUUGGAGAAAUCGGCCAACAGGUACGCGAGGUUCUCAAUGAGUACCAGAAAAAGGCGGAGACUCAUCAGAAGAUCGAGUCAAUCAGCGAUAUCAAGACAUUUAUCGAGCACUAUCCUGAGUUCAAAAAGUUCUCAGGAACUGUCGAGAAGCACGUAUUGCUUAUUAGCGAACUGAAUCGAUUGGUAGAUGCUUACAACCUGCUGGAGAUCUCAGAGCUGGAACAGCAGAUCGCGUGUCGCGAUGAACAGUCCAGUUCGCAACAGAGGAUUCGAGCGCUGCUCAGACACGAGAAAACUUCAGACCUGGACGCCACUCGCUUGGUGAUGCUCUACGCCCUUCGGUACGGUUCAAGUAGCGCCAGCGGCGAGCUGCGUUCCUUAGUCGAACUGCUGCGCAAACGGGGAGUGCCGGAGAAGUACUGUCAGGCCGUACGCAGUCUGUUGGAAUUCAGCAGUGGCAUUCCUGAAAACGCACCCGAGGGCACUCUAGGCAACAUCGACCCCAUCAGAAUGACCAAAAAGUUGAUUAGAGACUUUAAGGGUGUGGAGAAUAUAUACAUUCAGCACCAGCCUCGUUUGGUAGAAAUUCUGGACCAGAUCGCGAAAGGCAAACUGAUGGAUUCUUUGUACCCGUAUGUUGAAUCUAGUCCUAUUCUGCCAAGAGUUUCAGAAGUGAUCAUAUUUAUGAUUGGUGGUGCUACGUUUGAAGAAUCACUGGCUGUUCAUAAUUUCAAUAUGUCUUCUUCCAGUGUUAGAGCAGUGUUGGGAGGCACGAAUAUUCACAACGCUCGCAGGUAAGU